AUGCCGAAGAAAGCAAGGCCUGCAGGGGAUGGGGAGGAAGAAGGGCCUGUUCCUAGGCAGGCGAAGGUGGAGGCAGCCUGUGGCUCUUCUUCCCCUUUGGACUUCGACAGCCCCAGUGGCCUCUUUGAAAGUUUCAUCGCGCCCAUCAAGACAGAGACGUUUUUCAAGGAAUUUUGGGAGCAGAAACCCCUCCUCAUCCAGAGAGACGACCCUGCGUUGGCCACGUACUACCAGUCCCUGUUCAGGCUCUCUGAUCUGAAGAGUCUGUGCAGCCAGGGGAUGUACUACGGGAGAGACGUGAACGUCUGCCGCUGUGUCCACGGGAAGAAGAAGGUUUUAAAUAAAGAUGGCAGAGUGCACUUUCUCCAGCUGAGAAAAGAUUUUGAUCAGAAAAGGGCCACAAUUCAGUUUCACCAACCUCAGAGAUUUAAGGACGAGCUCUGGAGGAUCCAGGAGAAGUUGGAGUGCUUCUUCGGCUCCUUGGUUGGCUCCAACGUGUAUAUCACCCCGGCGGGAGCCCAGGGCCUGCCGCCCCACUACGAUGACGUCGAGGUGUUCGUCCUGCAGCUGGAGGGAGAGAAACGCUGGCGUCUGUACCAGCCGACGGUGCCUCUGGCGCGGGAGUACAGCCUGGAGGCCGAGGACAGGAUCGGGAGGCCCACACACGAGUUCACCCUCAAGCCGGGAGACUUGCUGUACUUUCCCAGAGGGACCAUCCAUCAGGCAGCCACUCCCGAGGGGCUGGCCCACUCCACGCACGUGACCAUCAGCACCUACCAGAGCAGUUCUUGGGGAGACUUCCUUUUGGACACCCUCUCGGGGCUCGUGUCGGACACUGCCAAGGCAGACGUGGCACUCCGGGCGGGCAUCCCCCGGCAGCUGCUCCUGCAGGUGGAAACCACAGCUGUUGCAACAAGAUUAAGUGGCUUUCUGAGGAUGCUUGCAGACCGGCUGGAGGGCACCAAAGAACUGCCUUCAGCAGACAUGAAGAAGGAUUUUGCUGCGAACAGACUCCCACCUUACUGUACGGGGGACGGAGCAGAGCUUACGGCACCAGGUGGACAGUUCCCGGGCUUGGACAGCACAGUGAGACUGCAGUUUAGAGACCACGUGGUCCUCACCGUAGGACCCGAUCAGGACCCAUCCGAUGAAACGCGAGAGAAGAUGGUUUAUGUCUAUCAUUCCUUAAAGAACAGGAGAGACACACACAUGAUGGGACAUGAGGAAACAGAGCCUCAUGGACUUCGCUUUCCUCUAUCACAUAUGGAUGCACUAAAGCAACUUUGGACCAGUUCAGCUAUUUCUGUCAAGGACCUGAAGCUGACUACAGAUGAGGAAAAGCAAAACCUGGUAUUAUCCCUCUGGACAGAAUGUUUAAUCCAAGUAGUCUAG